AUGCACACGAUGUGGAAAGUUGAGGAUCCAAUGCCGGUUCACCACGAAGCAGCCUUGGUCGAGGUCGAGGAGCUCGAAUGGUAUGACAUUCUACAAUUCAUUGAAAGUAGCCGACGGGCUCAUUAUGGAUUAGACACGUCGCGGAAUACCACUACAACGUCGAGAGUCCCUCGAAUCCAGGUAAACGACAGCUCAGACGCUGCAUUCAGAGGCUCUCUACCCUCGGUUGAGGAUUCAACCGAGGAACAUGUCUUUGGCAAACGUCCUGCGGAUGGCGUAUUGAACACAGUCUUACGGGAGAAAGUGACUAGCGGGAAUGAUGCGUUGAAGAUCCUGUUCGAUGCGGCAGUUGAGCAGGUCCAGGCGCCCGUUCUCUCCGGAGCCGAGACGGAUGAGACGCCCCAGCAGCAAUCGCUGGCAAGUACUAAUUUGAAGAUUGACUGCAUCUCGAAGACUGAUGUUCUGGAAAUUUGGAGUGGUUGUCGCUUUGUCAAGAUGGGAUGGUUCACUGCGCGCGAAGCACUUUUGUAUGUUGAUCUGUUUUUCCGCAAUAUGGCCCCUUUGUCGCCUAUUUUGACGGACUUUUUCGCUUCUCAUCAUACGCAUUAUUGGCUCAUCACGCAAGAACCAGUCCUAUGCUGCGCCAUCUUGAUGAUCUCCUCCAGGUACCAUACCCUGCCAGGGCCGUCCGGUGCCACGCGCGGAUUCUUCGUCCACAAUAGAUUAUGGCAGCACUGCCAGCAUCUUAUUCUACGUAUCAUGCUCGGACAGGAGAAGUUUUCCAAAGCGAAGACAAGGCAUUUGGGAACGGUCGAGGCUCUUCUACUCUUAUCAGAGUGGUACCCGCGGGCAUUACAUUUUCCACCUGAGAAUGAUGGAUGGGAUUCGGAUUUGAUGCUGACGGCACCCAGCGAGAGGGAUCCGCCCCCUAGGACCGAAGAAAGCCCCAUGCGAGACCGCUGGCGAGAAGAUGUUGUGGAGCCAACAAGACGGUCAGACCGCAUGUCCUGGAUGCUGGUGUGUUCUGCACUGGCUCUCGCACACGAGCUUGGUGUGUUUGCUUCCGGGAACCGAUCAGACAACAGUCGAAAUGUAGGGCCGCAUGUAACGGCAUAUGUCUGCCAUCUGGAAGUCAGAAGGCAGCGGCUACCGGCUCUCCUUUAUGUUAUUAUCAACCAUCUCUCUUUUCGAAUUGGCUGCACAUCAAUCAUGCCGGACAAGUGUCAGUUGACAGGUCUCAGUGGUGUGUCGGGAGUUGACUCGGAAUGGACAAGACUGAUGACAUCUUGGGUGGAAUUGACGGAGUUGACACGGACCCUCAGGGAGACGUUCUUUGCUGACCCCUGUUGCCGUCGUCCCAUUGACCUUGGAUCCUUAGAGGAGUGGAAAGGGCGGCUGGGGCUAUGGCGGCAGCAUCAUCAGCGUGUCGAUAACCUUCAUUAUGAUAUCGUCCUCGAGAUCGAAUACCAGUACCUGAGGGUACUAUCCAAUUCUCUGGGCGUCCAAGGCAUCGUCGAGCGGGUGCUAUCACAGACAGAACCCCAUGGAACGGUAAACGCGGCAUUCCUCUCUCAGGCGCGCCAGAUUCCUCUAAGCAGGAGCGAGCACGAGUUCAUCGAAGAAGUCAUCGAUGGCGCCAGCGCAAUCCUUACCCGUAUUGUCUCGCUACCAGGCGCGAAACAGCUGUCCUUUUACCCUAUCCGAGUAUUCCUCCGCGUUAUCAGCUCCUCCAUCUUCAUUCUCAAGGCUCUUGCUCUGGGCGUACGACCAUCGAAGCUGCAGGAAUCCCUCCAUCUGCUGGACCAGGCUAUCGCUAUUUUGGACUCCGAUCAUCUAGACGACAUAUACCUUGUUUCACGGUAUGCAGCCCUGUUGAAGGUUCAUAUCUCGCAACUCCGACAGACCAUUGCCAAUUCCAGCCAGGUUAACGACAAAGGCAAUUCUUACACCCACCUGGUAAAUCAAGAGCCUGGUAGUCCGGUGGCCACCGCUGCUGAAAACCCCGACUGGGAUCCCAGUAUGAUCGAUUGGUCUGGCCCGGCCAAUGGCUCUGGUGACUGGUUGUCACUCCCGCUGGACCCUUUGAUGGCGCCAUUCGGGUACUGGAAUGAUGGACUCGACGACCUGGGGAUGCGCUCAGGCCACUUGAAUUUGGACUUUAUCUGGAAUUUGCCCCCAUGA